UACUGUAGCUCAGUCUCUCUGGUCUGCCUGUCUCUGUGAGGCUCAGACACACUAGGAAAAAGGGUCGCCGGGCUGCAUGCUACAGCCACAGCGGUGGACUUUCUCAUUGGGAGGCAAUUCUGAGGCAGUAGACCAUUCUGAGGCAAUGCUAAGGAAAGGUCCGUUAGUCCUGACAUCUGGAUUCUAGAUGAGGAUGCUUUAAAGAAGUCCAUUCUGUACCCAUUGGAGCUCAGGAUUCUGGGAUACACACAGGAACACAGCUGACAGUUUGUCAACUGACUCUAUACCUCUGAACAGGACUGAGAAGAGCAGGUGAACAGGUAGAUGGAGAAGCAGCUGACUAUUGGCCUGUUUCUGUUGCUGGGGCUCCUCCUAGUCAUGCCUGAGGUGGGGGGGCGGAAGGAAGAGUCCCAGAAGCGCCCGUCCCGCUCCUCAGAGGUAAAAGCAGGCCGCUGCUCUUACACCUUCAUCGUUCCCCAGCAGAAACUGAAGGGGGCGCUGUGCGUGGGCACCGAGUCAACCACCGGCUCCGCCAACCACUCAGAAGUAACGGCUCUGCGGGGGGAGUUGAGCCGUCAGCAGGAACAGCUGGAGAAGCUAAGGGGCCAGCUGGAGCAGGAGGGGGCCCUGGUUACGGAGGUACGGGCGCUACGGAAAGAGAGCGGCAGCAUGAACUCCCGCAUCGCCCAGCUCUACGCCCAGCUGCUGCACGAGGUCAUGUACAAGAAGGACCAGGUGGUCGAACAGAGGCGGGUUGAGAACCUACUGCUCAACGCCACCGCACAGAUGCUGCAGAUCUCCACUAGUUACAGGGAGCUGGAGAAGAAGUAUGGAGCCCUCACCUCCAUGAUGAGCAACCAGAGUCAGCUCAUCGCCCGGCUGGAGAAGCUGUGCCAGGCCACCAAGAACACUACCCCACCUCCACAGAUGACCUCUGAACCCGUGAGUAUCCAGUCCAGUGGGCGUCUGAAUGACAGCUCACAGUCCAAGGAGAUGGCUAAUGAUGUUCAGAGAGACCAGGGCGCCCCUCCACUACAGCCACAGGAGGAGAGAGAACCCCCGCAGGGGACAAAGGUGCUCCCCACCACCAUGGCCGACACCCCUACUGACGCCCCCUUCAUAAGCUUCCCUGUCACUAAGACCCCAGGACCCUGGAGGGACUGCCAGCAUGUGCUGGACUCGGGCGAGACCACCAAUGGGAUCUACCUGCUGCGUCCACAGAGCGCCAACCGGCUUCUGCAGGCCUGGUGUGAACAGACCAAGGCCCAGGGAGGCUGGACCGUCAUCCAGAGGAGACAGGACGGAUCAGUCAACUUCUUCAGGACCUGGGAGCAGUACAAGCAAGGCUUUGGGAACCUGGAUGGAGAGUACUGGCUGGGUCUGGAGCACCUCUACUGGCUGACCAAGCAGGCCCACUACAAGCUUCGGGUGGCCAUGGAGGACUGGCAGGGCCGCCAGGUGUUUGCAGAGUACGACAGCUUCCGCCUGGAGCCUGAGAGCGACUGGUACCGUCUGAGGCUGGGGGAAUACCAAGGCAACGCCGGAGACUCAAUGUCCUGGCACAAUAACAAAGCCUUUACAACUCUGGACAAGGAUAAGGAUGCUUAUUCAGGGAACUGUGCCCACUUCCAGAAGGGGGGCUGGUGGUACCACAUGUGUGCCCACUCCAACUUAAACGGCGUGUGGUAUCGAGGGGGUCACUACCGCAGCCGCUACCAGGACGGGGUUUACUGGGCAGAGUUCCACGGCGGCUCCUACUCCCUCAAGACGGUCACCAUGAUGAUCAAACCCACCUAACCCUCUCCCCAUUGGUGGUACCGUAAUUGGGGAGGACGGGUUCGUGGUAAUGGCUGGAGUGGAAUAGUUUCAAAUACAUCAAAUGGUUUCCAGGUGUUUGAUGCCAUUCCAUUCACUCUGUUCCAGCCAUUAUUAUGAGCCCUCCUCGCCUCAGCAGCCUCGUUGGUUAUACACACAUGUCAAUCAGGCAUCAGGGUAAUUGAUAAGAGAAUUUCCAAUCCCAAUGAUAAUAACAAUCAAUCAAUAGCUCUGACCAAUUCCCGAGGUUUGUAAGACCAUGGGUAUAAUAAUAAUUAGUCAGACUCAGCUUAUACAAAAGGUUAGUAUAGUUUAUUCAGAGAACGUUCUAAAGUCAAGAAUACAAAACAAUUCAUUUUAUACUGACUUCUCACGCCCACACAUUCACACAACCAUACACACACACAUACACACAAACAGACGCACACACUGUCUCACUACCCAGCCGACAGAGAUAGGUGACCUUGUCCUUGACACGUACUCCCUGGUCUCUCCCAAAGCUCUAGUCCGGUUGGCACCAAGC